UCUGUCAGUGACGCGCUGGUUGCCAUAGAAACAGGACGGCAUCACCGGGAAAAGCGGAAGACUUGGCACCGGCUAAUGUUACCUGUGGCCUGGGGGGGUGGUGGACACAAGCGGCCUGAUCGUGGAGACCCCUCUGUCUAUACAAGAUGUUACCAGGCUCCAUUCAGAUGUCAGGGGAGACGCUCUCUGGGGCAGAGGUAAAAGGAGUGUGCGAGGGGCUGGCAGAGGGCACCGUACGUCUCCUGUCGCUGCGUGGAUGCCUUCUUUCAGACAAGGACUUUGCCCGCCUUUGUCAUGGGGUGUCACAGUCUCCCUCCUUGGUGCAACUGAAUCUUAAUUUAGGAGUGGUGUCCAGUGCUACUCGGGUCCAGCAGCUGGCGCAGGGUCUGCAGAGUAACCGGUCACUACAGUCCCUCUUCCUCCACGGGAAUCCCCUGACAGACACAGGAUUGUCCCUGCUUACCCCGGCGUUGGCUGUACACCCCUCACUGGUGUCACUCGAUCUCGGGGACUGCUUACUGGGUGAUGAAGGGAUACGUUUGAUCUGUGGCCUCCUCCCCCCUGAUGGGGCUAAGCCAGGUCUGCGGGAUCUGACUCUAUCGGCUAAUCCGGCCAUUUCAUGCUCUGGGUGGGCUCGUCUGGCUAUCGCUGUGGCUCACAGUUCCCAACUGCGGACCCUAAACCUGGACUACAACCCGCUUGGGGAUCACAUUGCCUCCAUGUUGGCUGUGUGUGUAGCAUCGAGUCGCACUCUGGAAGUCCUGGAUUUGGAAGGAACUGGACUCAGCAACCAGUCUGCGCAGAUUCUCUUAGACAUGGUCCAGAAUUACCCGACACCCCUGAAAUCACUUGUACUCUCUGAGAAUAAGAUCAGUAUGGAUCUGCAGCAGCAGAUAGCGGAUCUCCUCUCAGAGGGCGAGGAUGAGGAAGACAGCGAAGGCCAAAAACCGCCUGCGAGGGAGAGAGGACUCAAGAACGAUCUAGGUCCUGGACCUCACAGAGUUCUUCUGACUUCUGGACUCGGUGAAAGCCUCCUUGCCGAGACAGAGAUGUGAGGCUCUUAAUCAAGAACACCGAACUCCUCAAGUCUUAAGAAGCAUCGAAAAAAGGAUAUGAAUGUUUUAUUUAAUGUGGAAUGACUGUAAUAUUGCACAAAUCAGAACAGGGCAGAGUUUAUUUAUUGAGUGUAUGUGUUACACAGUUUAACGGAUCUGGUGCACAGAUUACAACCAAGGCCUUCCUUGAGUAAAUUGCAGGUUGUUGUAUUGUUAGUAAAGGCGUAAAAUAUUUUAUAUAUAAAUAUACAAACACACACACACACACACACACACACACACACACCGUAUAAUGCUGCACAUGGGGUUAAAUCCCAGCACCUUAACACUGGCACAAAGUCAAGAUGUAGUUGCACACCCUCAGUUUCACCACCAGGGGGCAAUGGCAUGCCUAAGACACCCAAAGAAUAAGCACAAGAAAUAUUGCCGCUGGGGCUACCAUUGACUGUAAUGUGGAAGGAGUGUUUUCACUGGUCCUGGAAGAGGGAGGGGUAUGUGCAACGCAUGGGACAGAGUUACAGAUCUGCUCCAUUGUAAAAGCAAAUCAUUAAAGUUUAUUGCAAAGAACUAGA